UGUAAUCUUCCAAAUGAUCCCACCGGGCAUUACGAUUCAAGAUGGCUGCCGCUCCAGAAUCGCCGCCCCCACCAGGAGAGGAUGAUGGGCGCCGGCGUAAGAGACACGGCAUGCUGAAACUGUACUAUGGCUUACAGGUGAACGCAGAGUCAGGUGCUAAGGGCGCAGCGGCCACCACAGACCCGUGUGACAUCAAUGGGGCCCACUUCAAGCCGGAGGUGUACCUCCAACGUCUCAUGCAGGAGAAGUCGCUUAACGAACUCAUGGACAAGGAGAGGGACAUGGUCAGACAAAUCCGUUCCUUGGACAGUGACAUGCAGACUCUGGUGUAUGAAAACUACAACAAGUUUAUCAGUGCAACUGAUACAAUACGAAAGAUGAAAAACGACUUUAAGAAGAUGGAGGAUGAGAUGGAUCGUCUGGCCACCAACAUGGAGUCCAUCACGGAGUUCAGCGCCCGGAUCAGCGGGACUCUGCAGGACAGGCGCCAACAGAUCACCAAACUGUCAGGGGUGCACAUGCUGUUGAAAAAGCUCCAGUUCCUGUUUGAGCUGCCAGCACGACUGAAGAAGUGUAUUGAGAUGCAGGCUUACGGACAGGCUGUCAGAUACUACACCAAGGCCCGUACAGUUCUGGACCAGUACCAGCACAUGCCCUCCUUCCAUGGCAUCAGGGAGGACUGUUCUGUCAUUGUCGCUGAGCUCUGUGUCAAGCUCAGGGAGCAGUUUAAAAACAAAGAGUCUGAUGCUCACCAGCUAGCGGAGUGUGUAGAUCUCCUGCUGCAGCUGAAGGAGCCGGCAGAUGAACUGUGUGAUGAGUUCCUUCAACAUGCCCGACACAAGGUGGAUGAGGACCUGCGGAUGCUGCGGCUGCAGCUGCAGAUGUUGGAGGAGGGGCAGGUGCCAUCACCUGGCGACCCUGGUGAUGGAGACAAGCCUCAUCCCAUGGAUGUUCUGGAGUUUACUGACACUGGCUGUAACGUGUUCCUGAGUGACAUGUGUCUGGUCAUCGCUUCAUACAAGGACCUGUUCAUCAACAGACCUGGCACAGGAGUGCAGGAACAGGCCUAUCUGGAGAAGGUGGCCAACCAGAAACUGGAGGUGUUUGUUAACUCACUGAUGGGACAGUACUUCAGCUAUGUGGAACAGAGGGUACAACUGGAGAAAGAGUCCUCAGACAACACCCUGUUGGUGCGAGCUCUGGACCGCUUCCAUCGCAGGCUACAGGCAGUGGAGAAACUUCUACCUGAGACAGAGUCUACAAGCUCUGCUACUGAUAUUGUAGCCAAGAUGGCUCAUGACAGGGUCAUCCACUACUCUGAAGCACUCAGGAGACACUUUGCAGACUGCCUGACAGACGUGCGACAGAGCCUGGCUGCCUCGCGCUCCCUCAGUAAACAGGAGGGCAGUAACCUGGGAGACCUGCUGCAGACUACUGCCACCUCCAUCUUAGACCAGCUCAAGACUGUGCUGUCAGAUCUCAGGGCUUUCAUUGAGUCAGACAUCACGUUUGCGAUGCAGCCGUACUUCCGGGAGCCGUUCUGUGUCCAGGAUGUGAGGGAAGGUCUGGUGGUGGGCUUCCUCAAACACAUGUUCACGACCUGCUCUGAGUUUUGUGAGGGUUCUGGAGACAAGAGUUCUGCCCCCCCACCUCUGAUCCUCCUGCUGUCUCGCCUGUGUCUGGACUAUGACAUGACAACCAUCAGCUAUCUGAUAUCCCUGACUGAUGAACAGUUUCUGGUGGAGGACAAGUCUGCGGUGACACCGCUGUCAGAACUGUGUAACCUGGCUAAGGACACGGCACAGAAACUCCUGGACCAUUAUGUCAAAGUGCAGGGCUUGACCAUCUCACAGAUGCUGAGGAAAAGUGUGGAGACCCGUGAUUGGCUGAACACCAUCGAGCCCCGUAACGUCCGUGCUGUCAUGAAGAGAGUUGUGGAGGACGUCACAGCUAUAGACUCACAGGUUGGCCUUCUGUAUGAAGAAGGGCUGAGGAAGGCCCACAGUAGUGACUCCAGCAAACGGACGUUUCCCUACAGCUCCUCCAGACAAAACCAGCGCUCUCAGUGGAGCAGCUAUGCACCAAGUUCCAACAUGGACACCAGCCUGAUGAGUAACAUACAGAAGCUGUUCUCGGAGAGGAUCGAAAUCUUCAGCGCCGUGGACUUCUCCAAAGUCUCUGUCCUCACUGGUAUUAUCAAGAUCAGCCUUAAGACGUUCUUGGAGUGUGUAAGAUUGCGUACGUUUGCCCGCUUCGGACUUCAGCAGAUACAGGUGGACUGUCACUACCUGCAGAUGUACCUCUGGAGAUUUGUGUCCGAUGAAAACCUUGUGCACACCCUACUAGAUGAAAUAGUGGGCAGUGCCAUCCACCGAUGUUUAGAUCCUGUAACCAUGGAACCUAGUGUUAUUGAGGUCAUCUGUGAUCGAGGCUGAGGAAGACAAUUGUUCAGGAGAUGAGCUGCUGUAUUUAUCUGAAGUGUUAACUGGAAAACUUUACCUGUAGUUGUGACAAGCACCAUAUCUAUAGAAAAUGAAGAUUUUGUGCCAUUGUGCAGUUACCUGUAGUCACAGUUGGCAUGCACAAUACACAUGAUGUACAUCAUGGACAAGGUUGUAAUAUUUCUGUAUGCUGUGAAAAUUUAGUUAUUGUUAACAGUUUCAAUUCUAUGAUGA